GCAAAGAAAAUUUACACGUUAUCGGUAUUUUAGUGUCGUUGUGUAACUUGUCUCAAAUUUACACAAAUAAUAUCUAUCAUUUAACUAAAACGUGAUUACCUAUAUACCUAUAUCUGGUAAAAUAAUGUGUCACUAUUUAAAUCUCAAUUCUAUUAUUAAGCCGUACAGUUGAACGGGGCAGUUUAGUCUGUUCUGUUUGCUCUGUCUACCCUGCCAGGGAUAUAGACGUGAUUUCGUGUGUGCGUGUAAAUUGUAGUGCCAAAUUUAUUAUUUUCCUUUGCGCUUUUAAAAGACGAAAAAUUUUAACUUUUUCAAACGAUGUCUCUUAUUAAAGAAAAAGUGACCGAAAGUAAAAGUAAAAAUUGUGGAUUUGAUGAUGCGGUGGAUAUAACUGGUUUUGGCAAAUACAACUUGCUGAUGCUGACUACCUGCUGCCUCCUCAUCCUGGCGAUGUACCUGGACAUCUUUGGGUUCUCCGUGGUACUGCCAGUCGUGGGUUGCGACAUGGAGUUAACCACUACACAACAGGGUGUUUUGUCUGCUGUACCUCUAAUUGGGGUGAUGCUCUCUUCAUACGUGUGGGGUCUGGCCGCGGACACCCUGGGAAGGCGGAAGACCCUUCUAAUAGCGAUGCCAGUCGGGGCCAGUUUCAACUUGGCGGCUACCAUGGCUCCGGGGUAUACCAGCUUAGCAAUUCUCAAGUUCAUUUCGGCAAGCUUUACAUCAUCAGCAAACGCAGCAGCCUUCGUGCUGAUUGGAGAGAGUACCCCACGGAGGCUUCGGAGCAGGUUCAUGUUCCUCAUGGCCAGCACCACCAUGUUCGUUCAGCUCAUCAUAUGCGCUUUUGCUUUACCAGUCUUCCAUCUAUCCUUCCGCGCUCACAUCUCCUUCUUAUCCCUGGAUUACCGGCCCUGGAGGCUGCUCAUGCAGAUCAUCUGUCUGCCUGGAAUCAUCGGGGUCUUGGGAAUGGCCUGUCUUCAUGAGAGCCCUAAAUUUCUGCUCAGCAAGGGUAGAGAUGACGAAGCUAUUGAAGUCUUGGCAUCCAUGUUUAGUUUGAAUACAGGAAGCAAGAUUAAUACUUUUCCUAUAACAAAGGUCUACUUAGACGACGCGCCAAGGCCGGAUGUUAGCCACAAUUCCGUCAUACAGAAAAUCUGGAACCAGACAGCUCCACUUUUUAAGCCGCCGCUCCUGAAGAACUCCCUCAAACUUUACUAUCUACUGCUCUGCGCGUACAUGACAUCCACCGGAUUUACGAUGUGGGUGCCAACAAUAACCAAUGCGUAUUUCGACGGCGGUGAUAAAGACGAGCAGACCUUCUGCCAGGUGGCCAGCCGAGCUGCCAGUUCCACAAAUAUGACUUACACGAACUGUGACGACAUCAUCCAACCCUUGACCCUCUACGCAGUCAUGUGUUACUCCGCCGCCACUGGUUUCCUCACCAUAGCUUUGUCCUUCCUCGUCGGUCCUAUCGGCAAGAGAUGGACCACGCUGUUAGUCUUCACCGUGUCUGCGGCUUCAGGGAUAUUACUGCUGUUUAUAAAGCUGCCUAUUUUGAGCAUAGUGUUUUUCUAUUUGUUCCUCCAUGUAGCUCUGAUUUUGGGCAAUGUGAACACGUAUCUGGUGGAGUUGAACCCAACGCAUUUGAGGGGCAUGGCUACUUGUCUGUCGGUGGUGGUGGCACGAGGGUUCGGUUUCAUGAGCGUCCAGCUGAUUGCCAAACUCCUGGCUGAACAUUGCACGCCUAUGAUCAUGGGCUACGUAGUACUUGUUGUAUCGGGACUUGUGGUGGCGAUCAUCCUGCCUUCUGGAAAUGUUCACGGCAGUUGAUUCAGCUCGUUUGAGAUGCAAAUAACAGAAUAUUACGAAACUAAUAAGUUUAUGAUGCGUGAGGUUUUAAGUAGUUGAAAUAAGUGAG